AUGGAACAUUCACGUGAUAGGGCUACUGGGGGAUCUAUAAAUAGUCCUCCCUGGUUCGAAGGUGGAUGUGAAAAAUACACUCAAUGGAAGAUUUACAUGAAAUCAUACCUCUAUGCUCAAGAUGAACACGUGUGGAACAUCGUAGAAAAUGGCUGGAGUGUACCUAUGACAAAAGCAAAAGAAGAAGGCGCUUCCACUACCACUCCCAAACCAAGGAAGGACUGGACUGAGGAAGAAGUUCGUAACUUGCAAGCAGAUUUCAAAGCGAAGAACAGCAUCUUCACAGCCCUAUCGGAGCGGGAAAAACUGAGGAUAAGUCAUUGUGAGACUGCCAAGCAGGCAUGGGAUCUCCUACAGAUUACAUACGAAGGAAAUAAAAAGGUACGUGCACAGAAACUGCAAGCACUGAUUUUUGAAUUCGAAACCAUGACUAUGGCAGAUGAUGAAACCGUGGAUGACUUCCAUGGUAGAAUUCUUAAAAUCUCCGGUCAGUGUCGCAGUCUAGGAGCACCUUUUGAUGAAGAUAAAAUAGUCAAAAAGAUACUCAGGGCUCUGCCGGAAAAAUUUCACUCAAAGGUUACGAGCAUAGAGGACUCUUUUGAUAUAGAUGAUUAUCCACUUGAUGAGCUCAUCGGAAAUUUGAAAACCUAUGAGAUGAGGUUAAAACCUGAGAAGAAAAACAAGGGCGUAGCCUUCAAAGCAGUGAAAGAAAUUGAAGAGGAAGAAGGAUCACUAGAUCUUGCUCUACUGACGAAGGAAUUCAAAAAAUUUCUCAAAAGCAAGAACUCCUCUAAAAACACGAAUGCUCCCAGAAGGAAUAACUAUAUUGGCAGUGGUAACAACAGUGACUACAAUAGUAAGAAUGGAAGAGGAAACUUCAAAGGAAAUCACUCAGGGAAACCAAAAUGCUAUGAAUGUGGUGGUUUCGGUCACAUUUCUACUGACUGUGGAAAUAGGAAGCUUGGAAACAGCAACAACAAGUCACUCCUUUCAACUUGGAGUGAUGAUGAAUCUCAAGAAAUUGAAAAUGUGGCUCUUGUCUCAUCAUUGUUGCCUGAUUCUGAAAGUGAUGAGUAUUUCUCUGAUGAUGAUGAAACAAAUGUUCGCUGCAAACAACUCUACAAAGCUUCAAAGGCCACUCUGAUUAGAAACUUGAGCUUGGAAAAAGAAGUAGAUUUCCUGAGGACUGAAAAAGAAAAGGUGGAGAAACUAUUCGAAUCCUCACAAUCUGCAUGGAAACUGGAGAAAAGCAAACUCGUGAGUGAAUCGGCAGAUCUACAAGGUGACCAAAAGAUACUGACGUGGAAGACUGAAAAGAAUGAGUAUCUCAACAAGAUCAAACUUCUAGAACUGGAUGUUAAAGGACAAAGAGCCCUGAACUUGGAACUGUUAGCGAAAAAUGAGUCUCUACAACAUGAGUUAAAAUUAACUCAAGAAAGAUUCAUGAAGUUUGAUAUCAGCUCCACUUCCAUGUCCAAGUUACUUGGAUCAGGAAAAGCUCCUCAUGAUACAUGUGGGCUAGGAUACACUGGAGAAGAUUCCAAAAGCACCAAAUUCGUACGUGCCUCAAAACCAUCUGUAGAGCAGAUAGAUGUCUCCCUUGAUGAUCAUGUCAAAAGUGUAAGGGAAGGUAAUUCAAACCAACAUCAUCAGGUAAAACUUGACCAAGAAUCCCCCACUGGUCAACACAGCAAAAUUCAUCAACGCUCUCACAUUGAGGCAACUUGUUUGGUAGCUUUAACUGCAUUUGCUGACAAACGACGAGAUUUUUGGUAUGUUGACAGUGGUUGUUCUAGACACAUGACUGGAGACAAAACCUGGUUUACUUCAUUUGAGGAUGAAAAUACCUCUGGAUCAGUCACGUUUGGAGAUGGGAGGAAAGCUAACAUUCUAGCUCGAGGUACAGUAAACACUCCAGGUAUACCUAACCUUAAAAAUGUGUUAUUUGUUGAAGGAUUAACUGCAAAUCUGAUUAGCGUCAGCCAUUUGGCUGAUGACUAUGAAGAUGUGUGGUUUAACAAACAGAGAUGUUUGGUCCUAAAUCAGAAAGGUGAAGGUAUCAUGGGAGGUAUGAGAUCUGUUGAUAACUGUUAUCAUAUUCAAGCAAAUGAAUCUUCUAGUUUGCAGUCUUGUUUGUCUGUUAAAUCCACAGAGGAAACCUUUGAACUUUGGCACAGAAAGAUGGGACAUAUCAACUAUCAGGACUUGCUGAAAUUAUCUUCCAAACAAUGUGUCCGAGGCUUGCCAAAUUUAAAAGGUAAAACUGACAAGAUGUGUGGAGACUGCAAGGUUGGAAAGCAAACUAAGGCACCUCACAGAAUGGUAAAUUCUGCGACAACCUCACAAGUAUUGGAACUAUUACACAUGGAUCUCAUGGGACCAGCUCAAUCUGAAAGUCUUGGAGGUAAGAGCUACAUACUAGUAGUUGUAGAUGAUUUCUCAAGAUACACCUGGGUAAACUUCUUGAAAGACAAAACUGAAACGUUUGAGUCCUUUAAGAACUUGAGUCAAAAAUUAAUCAUUGAGAAACAAUCAUCUAAUAACUGUUUAGUGAGAAUAAGAUCAGAUAAUGGAACUGAAUUUAAAAAUGCCUCUUUUUCUAACUACUGUCAUGAGCUUGGUGUGUCACAUGAGUUCUCAGCUCCAAUAACCCCUCAACAAAAUGGGAUAGUGGAAAGGAAAAAUAGGGUACUGCUAGACAUGGCUCGAGUAUUACUACACGCUGCAGGUUUAAGCAAAAACUUUUGGGCUGAGGCGAUCAGCACUGCUUGCUACACAAUAAAUAGAGUAUUCCUUAGACCAGGAAAUGAUCAAACUGCUUACGAGCUGUGGAAAGGAAGUAACAUUUGCAGAUACCUCACCCUUCUCGGUCACACCUUCACAGAAUACUGAAACAUCAUCUGAGGAAGAGGAAGAGGAAAUCCAUGACAACAUUUUUGAACCAGCUCCCACCCAAAGAAGAGGGUUCAAG